AUGGCCUCAAAGAAAGGAACCUUUGGAAGUGAUGGAAAAAGUUGGGCUGAUAAGUAUGACGCUGUCUCCCUCAAUUCGAUUUAUAGAGAAACAUUCCGUAAGGAAUUACAACAUCACAAAUUAAAGGAGGACUAUUCGACACAUCCUAGUAAAUUCGGAGUUGUUACAGAUAAACCAAAUAAGCGAGGAAAGAAAUUCUUAGAUAAAGAUCAAGCUCUAUUGGAGAGUAUCUUUAAUAGUCUUACACCAGAGCAAAUUGAAAAGUUUGAACAAACAGUUGGAGAACCAGUUGACAAUCUGAUCGACACUAAAAUCACACCAGAGAAGGAGGAAGAAAUGAUGAGAACCCAAAGAGAGGAUCAAAACUUUUUAGAGACAAGGAAAAACCUCUCUAAAAUACCUACCGAUAGAUUCCCAAAGCCACAAACCAGUUCUCAACAAGUAGGGUGGUUCCACAAUCAAGAUACAGCCAUUAGAAGUACCACCAGUUUCAAACCAAAGAAGAGUUGUGAAGAAACACUUUUUGCUAAUCAACUUGUUCAAUUCAAAGCCAAUAUUAGAGAAACAUCCAAAGGAAGUGCUCCACCAAAGAAGUAA